UAUCUGGGAACAGAGCAGAGAAGAAUGGAGAGAAGAAGGAAUAUCAGCGGGAAUGACACCCCUCUUGAGGUUAUAGAGGACCUGACGACAGACAGACAACACAACCCUAUUGAGAACAUUAACGAGGACAUCAACAUAAAUGCGCUCCCUUUUGAGAGGCAACAGAAUCACUGGCCGUUCGAGUCCCAGGGUGUUGAUUUCCACAAUCCAGAUCUUCUGUUCGGCAACCUCUUGGGAGACUUGCCAGUGGAAACCGUCGAAGAUAACCCCCGAGCCAGGCCUAGUGUCUUGGUGCCAAGGUUACCCAGGGAGCAGCGGCAUUCUUUCAGGCGUCAGCGAAGCAGAUCUAGAUCUCCUCAGCUUUUCCCAGACUCCCAAAGAGAUGCGCAACGAACUCCUGAGAUUGUGCAAGGUCUGGACGAGCUCAUGGCUGAAGUAGAAGGAAGAAUGCCACGAGUCCUUGGGCAGCCUCCUAACACCUAUAACGCCGCAAUGAUUGUAGCUGAAGAACAUAAUCAGAGAGUUGCACGAAUCACGCCACCAGAAGCACCCCCGAGCCCACCUGCACUAGAGCAGCCAACCAUUUCGUGCCUUGUCUGCUUUGAUUCCGUUGGCACCAUACAAAAAUCCUCCCGUACCUUAUGUUCCACCGUCUGUGGGCACGUCUUCUGCUCCACCUGCAUAGACGCUGUUGUGAGGCAAAAGAAACAGUGCCCCGUGUGUAGGAAAAAGUUAACGAAGAAACAGUAUCACCCUCUCUUCAUAUGAGGACUCAGACACCAGUGUCAUGAGCUCAUGAUAGAAUUACGUGUAUAUAGCAAAUAUUCCCCGGGCCGUCUUUGGCCAAGAAUUUCCUGGAGAAGAACCAAGAGAAACCAGGCUGCUUUCUCUUUAAAAAAAUAAUCUAGUGACCCCCUUAAUCUAUUAUGUAAACUAAAGGAUAUUCAGGAUCUAUAUGUCAAUGGUAUACAGUUAAUGUGUAGCCAAGGAUUAGAUAGUGUGUUAAAAAGGAAACUUAAGGAUAUUGUGAAGUUUCUCUGUACAAAAGAAAUUAAGGCCAUUUUUUCCAGUUUAUAUCUUUUUGAAAACUGAAUGUGGAGUAUUUGGAGUUGCUUCCUGUAAACUGAAUAGGUUACUAAAUCAGAGAGGCAAAGUGGAAAUGCAGCUAUCAAGUCCUUACCCGGAAAGAGGGGAUUCUCGUCUCAGGCUACUGGCGAGAGCAAACUUUUGGUUCCAAUUCUCUCAGUGCAGGUAUUCUGCUUCAUGCAGUCUUUGUUUUGAUAUCUAUGUUUUUGAACUCAGGCCAAUUGUGUGUGUUGUCACUCAAGAUGCUUGUACAAGCACAACAUGCGCACACACACCGCACACUCAGACACUCACACUCAAACUCACACA